UGCUUGUGACUGACGGUACCUCAAGGGUAAGGCCUGCCCGCCUGUCACAGCCUACCGAUGGCUGCCAGGCCUGGCAGCUGCGCUUGCCCACUUGGCAAGUGCGGCCUACUUACAGGGCACAGCUGAGGUGCGAGCUGCUCGCGGGGCCUGCCGUGGCUCUGGCCAUGGCCUUGGCUGGGCUGGCCCUGUCAGCCCGGGCCCAGGCGGCGCACGGCAGGCGGGCACGGCCGACGGAGGCUGAGGGGGCGCGAGGCCCGGCACAUGGCGCGCGGCUCCGCCCCGCGCGGCCCGGCCCGGCCCCGCCCCGCGGCUGCCGGAAAGCAGGCGCCGCUGUGGGGCUGACCCGCGCUCUACCCGUCAGGCAGCGCGCCGGGCGCCGCGCGGCCACCCCCGCCUCCCUCCCCCGCCCGCCCUCACUCCCCCGGCGGCGGCUGAGGUGGGGCGCCGCGGUUCGGCGAUGUGAGGCGUCUCCGCCAGCGCGGCCGCCUCCCAUCCCCCCGCCAACCCCGGAGGAAGGGAGCGGGGCGGCCCGCCGCGGCCUCUCCAGACGCGCAGCACGUCUCAAGAUGGCAGAAUUAUUUAUGGAAUGUGAAGAAGAGGAGCUAGAACCAUGGCAAAAGAGAGUGAAAGAAGUGGAGGAGGAUGAUGAUGAUGAUGACGAGCCAAUCUUUGUUGGGGAAAUCUCAAGCUCAAAGCCAGCUAGUACAUAUAUAUUGAACAGAGUCAACCUCAGCUCAUCACGAAGGGGGAUACAGAAUGGUGCACCCAGUAGAGGUACAGUUACUACAUUCAAGCCUGACAGUCACCAUUAUGCACCACCUGCCUCCAGCCCCAGUGCCAUGCCUGUUUCAUCAGUCUUUCAGUCCGUAUCCAGACCUACAACUAGCUCUGUAGCAGUUCAGCCAUUGUCUAUACCAGUGAAUGUUUCAGGAACUUCACAGACACUGCAGAGACCAGUUGCUGGAUGUUUAUCAACACAGCAGAUGACUGGAUCAAGUUCUGGAAUAUCACAGCCUGUUAGCAGACCUGUAACCAUUCCAGUGACGACACAACCAGUAUCAAGAAAUAUCACGGUUCCUGUAGUGGCUCAACCUGUAUCCAGGCCAGUGACUACUGUAACAGCACAGCCUGUAGUACUCAAUCCGGAUUAUAUUAUGGAUUCUCCACCAGCUGCACCAGAUAAUACAUCUGGUAUACUGUUUGGUGUGAGACAGAACUCGGGAGUUCCACAGUACCAGACUGGGCCAGCAGUGAAUGUAACAGGUCUGAAUGAGAGUGGUUUUGUAUCUAAGCGUCCUGCUACUUCUGAAGGCAACAGUGUAACUCCAAAAAAGGCCAAGCCUAAUGAGGUUGGUGCUGGAAGCAAUUCAGCUGUUUCACCUACAGUUAACUCUACAACAGUAACACCAUCACAAAAUUUAUCUUCAAAAGGUACAAAUGCUUCAUCAAGCACCAUUAAAAAUGGAGGACCUUUUCCACGAGCUUGUCCAAAGUGCAAUAUUCAUUUCAAUCUUAUGGAUCCUCUAAAAAAUCAUAUGAAGUAUUGUUGUCCCGAUAUGCUGAAUAACUUUUUCCUGGGAAUGGCCAAAACAGAAUGUUCAAGCACAACAAGCAAGACCGCUGAAUCUGAAAAAGGAAAAUUGAUUAUGUUGGUUAAUGACUUUUAUUAUGGGAAACAUGAAGGUGACACCCAGCAGGUACAACAGGAGCAGAAGACUCAUACGACGUUUAAAUGCUUCAGUUGUCUGAAAGUUCUUAAAAAUAACAUAAGGUUUAUGAACCACAUGAAACAUCACUUGGAGCUUGAGAAGCAGAGCAGUGAAAGCUGGGAAAGCCACACCACCUGCCAGCACUGUUACCGUCAGUUUCCCACACCAUUCCAGCUGCAAUGCCACAUUGAAAGUACACACACGCCUUACGAGUCAUCUACAAUUUGUAAAAUCUGUGAAUUAUCCUUUGAAACAGAGCAAGUUCUUUUGCAACAUAUGAAGGACAAUCAUAAGCCAGGUGAAAUGCCGUAUGUUUGCCAGGUAUGCAACUACAGAUCCUCAGCUUUUUCAGAUGUAGAAACACAUUUUAGAACAGUUCAUGAAAAUACAAAACAUUUGCUGUGCCCAUUUUGCCUCAAAGUAAUUAAAAUUGGAGCACCCUAUAUGCAUCAUUAUAUGAGGCAUCAGAAAAAAGGAAUAUACCGUUGCACUAAGUGCAGACUGCAAUUUUUGACAUGCAAAGAAAAAAUGGAUCACAAGACUCAGCAUCACCGAACAUUUAGGAAACCCAAACAGUUAGAAGGAUUGCCUCCUGGAACAAAGGUCACUAUUCGAGCAUCUGUUGGAUCCCUUCAAUCAGGAUCAUCAGCUACAUCUUCUGUUAGUACAAGCACCUCCACGUUUCAGUUAUCACCUAAAGCGAAAAAUACAACCACUAAAAAUCAUAACAAAUCUAAUACAAAUAAGUCAAAAGCAAAAUCAAAACCAGCUACAUCAAGGAAGCAAAAUGCAUGGACCAACAGCAGAAAAAAAAAAGAAGUUACAAAUACAGCAUUGCAUAAUCUAAGGUAUCGUUUGGGAGCUCACAAAUGCAUUGAGUGUUACUCGGAAAUAAAAGAUUUUGCAAGCCAUUUUCCUGCUUAUGUCCACUGUAGCUUAUGCAGAUACAACACUAGCUGUAGCAAAGCCUAUGUGAAUCACAUGAUGAGUUUUCACAGUGCUCGUCCAAGUAAAAGAUUUUGGAUCUAUAAGAAGCAUUCAGAAGAGCUACGAGGUGUGACUGUAGUGUGUCUUAACUGUGAUUUCUUGACUGAUGUUUCUGGCUUAGAUAGCAUGGCCACACAUCUGAGUGAAAGCCACACUCAUACUUGUCAAGUUAUUAUAGAGAAAGUUUCUGUAGAUAACCCAACUGCUGAACAAGUAUCUGAGUUAAAGACCGAAAUCUCCAUUAGAGAGAAAGAAGCUAUGUUGGAGAAAAUUUCAAGACCUAGUUUAUCUGAAGGAAAAACAGAAACACCAACUUUUGAAAGCACACAAGAGCAUGACUCUUCAGACGAAACAAAAGAAUGCACUAGAAAUCAAACUCAAAAAGUCGCAUCAGUUGAAAAAAAAGAAGAAAACUCAUCAUUGUCAAAUACAGAAAAUGUUCCUAGUUUGGAACUCCCUGACAACAGCUCAAAGAAUCCUUUGCAUGAGAAAGGAGCAUGUUGUGAUUCAGAUAAUAACAAACAAUUAGUAGAUGAGAAACAAAAAUGUAUUACUGAUGAAAGUGAGUUGAAAACUUGCCAAAGUUCUGAUAAUGUUACCUUGAAUGAGCAAACUAAGGUACAUAGCUUGGAUGAAACUACACUUUCAGCAAUGAAUGCAAGGGACUUGAAACUAACAUUGGGUGAAGAUGUUAGUUUUGAGCAGUUCUUGAGAAAAAGAGAUGAACCUGAAUCUGUUAGUUCAGACAUUAGUGAACAAGGCAGUAUUCAUUUGGAGCCUUUGACUCCAUCAGAGGUACUAGAACAUGAAGCUACUGAAAUUCUUCAAAAAGGUAAUGUUGCACCUUCAUCAAAGAAAGCCGGACAACCCUCUGAACAAACAGAUGAGACUUCUAAAGAAAGCAGUCCCAGCAGAAUGGAAACAACUGUAAACAAGACAGACGAAAAUGAAGCGAGCUGAAAUUAUGUUAAUUCUAUUGUUUGUUAUAAACAAUGGUUUAGAAGACUUUUAAAAAGAAAAUUGGAUCAAUUUACAUAGUCACAGCUCUUCAAGAUCUGCCAUUUUAAGAACUUCAAAUAGUAAGACACAUGAAAAAGUUGAGAGUGAUAAGUUGCGAUAUUCUUUGGUUUUUUUAAAAAUUUUAGUGAAAUCGUUAACUCAAAGGAUGAUUAACCAGUCUGAUGUCUUCAUGCAUCUACAUGUGGAAGAUUAUAAAAUACAUCACAAUGAGGACAGUUUAAAGGACUUAAUCAGCUAUGGAAGUUGAUGUAUAUGUUACUAAAGGAGUUCCUGAAUGCAUCUGAGUUUAAAUCCAGAGGAAUCUCUAUAGUAUUUUUAAGCCGAUUGAUCUUCCAUGCAAAUUAUACAUUUUGAAUAAUGCUCUGACUUGUGGUGUUGGAAAAGAUUAAUAUAAAAAAAACCUGGAACCAGUUGUAUGGUACUUGCUUAUAAAUUACUCACAUUCGUCUUUUCUUAAGCAAUUAAAUUUUUAAAACAUUUCCCAUUUUAAUAAUGGCCAUGUACUGUUGAGAAAAGUUGGAAAAUGAAACUCGGAUUUAAAAAUCUGCCUAAUUGGUAGAAGUAGAUACAUACAUUCUUACAUGCCUAAUAUGUAAAUCAUUGCUUGUUACAAAUCAUAUAGAGAAUGCUUAUAUAAAAGGUAAUGUUAGGUAUAAAACACCCAAAUAUCUAAUAGCCCUUCCAAAGGAAGAGGUGAGAGAGAACUGGAUUGUUCUAGCAAGACUGUCAGAUAGCUUUAAAUAGCAAGUAAGGUAUAUCAUGAAAACAGUGGCAUGGUAUUUUUGUGAAGGAGAAAAACUAAAAUGCAUUAUGAUUUUUCCUAUAUGAAGUAAUUAAUUUGGUGGCUAAACACUAGGAGACUGCAUAAUUACGAACAUUAAACUCUUGUCAUGUCAUUUUGGAGGUUUCCUGGAGAUAAGUUAAAUUGGUACUUUUGGCAGAAGUCACUCCAGAGGAUCAAGUUACGUGGAAUGAAUUUUGAGUUAUUUGAACAUGACUGCACAUAAUUCAUUUUUUGUUUGUUUCUGAGUAAUUUAGAAGGUUUUUUUCCAUCUAGCCAUUAGUAGUUCUUCCUCUGUGCCACCUCUCGUUUUUGUACUUGGGAAGACGUUUUACCUCAAUUUUUCACUGCUUUACCAAAAACCACUAACUUAAAGUUAAUUCUUGGUGUUCACGCUAGAAUCACUGUUUCCCCUCAUCUCAAGACAUUCACUGUAUUUGGUUAAGUAAUCAUUGCAGAUUGUUAUAUAACAUUUAGUUUUAAUGAAAACACAUGCCAUGUGUAUGCUCUCUUCAUUAUUUGCAUUUAAUGGAAAACUGUUGUCAUUACUAGCUUAUGGUCAGUUGAGUGUUCAGUCAUUUGGAGCUUCCUCAAGUGCAGCCAACAUGUCGGUUUGUCUUGUGCAGCUUGGGAAAGAAACUUUGGUUGGCUUGUGGUUUGGUUUUUCUGUAACAGAAUGGAUGAGUAAACCGAGGGGGGAAAAAAAAAAUCUGAUCAAAUCAUAGCACAUACUGAGUUCUGAGUAUUGGCGGAUGUCUUUUAAACGAGAAAAUCUUUAUAACAAAACCACGUUCGCUUUUCUUUUCCUGGAAAUGGGGGGGGAGAGAGAGGAGAACCCUAGGCAAUAGGGUUAAAAAUCACAUUCUGUGGUGCUUUACUGCCAGAAGCCAUUAGAAACAAGGUCAGAGUAACAAAUCUUAAGUAAUCCUUAGUAUUCUGCAAAACCUUAAAUAAAGGAUCUCAAAGCUUUUCUGCAGGUAUUAAGUAUUGUUAUUUGUAUGCUGGGGUGUAGAAAGAAGUUAUCUUUUUAUGCUGUAGUAUAUACUAAUAUUGCACCAAAGACUGUGGCCGUAGGCUGUCACAGUAGAGUUCUGGUAGAAGACUAUCUAGAAAUUUUUUAUGUAGGGCAAAUUUUAUACCUGAUUGUUCUCUCUUUUGUUUUUAUUAGUGUUUGAUUUUUGAGGCUUGUGAGCUUAUUCUGUCGAGUUGCAACCUAUAUUUAUUUGUUGUAUGCUUAAUAUGCUGCUAAUAAAAAAAAAAUGGUAAGUAUGUUUCACGAUUACUUUGAAUGAUUUUUGCUUUUAAUAAAACUUCACUCCAGUUUUCAUGUAGCUCAAAAGGACAGUUCAUAAUUUUGACUCUAACUUUCCCCCAUUAAUUCAGUGCUAAAAGGGAAAGUAUGUUGACUGGUAUUUCCUAUUAGUUUACAGGAACUAUGCAGAAAGUUCUUUGCUGUGCUCCUUGGAGUUCUGGAUCACUGUUGGAGUUCUAAGACUCUUUAAUUUUCAGUCAUUUCAUUGACCCAAAGUAACCAUGUUAAGUUGAUGUUUCCUGUAUUGCAUCAGAUAUAAAAAAAGAGAAAAAUAUUUAGGUGUGAAACACUUCAUUUUGGGCGAGAUUAAUGUAGUUGUUAUGCCUGCAAGGUGCUAUAAAGCUAAUGUGUUUAUUGAUGUAAAAAUGUGUUGGUUUUGUUGAGGUUUUUUUGCUGUUCAGACCGUUAUUUCAGAGAGGCUGAGGUUUCUGUGACAACCACAAGGAUAACUGUAAUGUUAUAUGUAUAUCUGCAUUUAUAUUUGGGCAAAUUUAGCUUCCUAUUAAGAAAACUGAGUGCUUAAAUUACACGUAUGGGCUGCAUUAGACAAUUUUAAAUAAGUAAUUCCAUGAUCAGGAAGUUUUAGCUUGUCAGCAACCAAUUCUCCAUUUUUUAGGCAGCAUUGCUAAUUUCUUAUGUUCUGAAUUUAAUGUAAAUAAACUUUGGUUCAAAUUUUAGUUCA